AUGGUCUCGCCUGCGGAAGAAACUCCAAUUGCGCUGGUGCUGUCUCAAAUUCCGGCUUUGGAGCCUCCGCCAGGGGAGACCCCCAACUUCAUUGAUCCCACGUCGCGAGCGCAGCUUGCGAGAAUAGUGAUAAGCGUGACUUUACCACUCAUGCUGCUUUUCCUGGCGGCUCGGACCUACACUCGUGUCAAAAUAUUUCACGCUCUUGGCGCAGACGACUAUCUCUGCAUUGUCGCUGCUGCCUCUGUUGUCGCGUACUCUGGCGUGACAUUGACACUCCUUGGUCAUCCUCUUGGGCCGCAUCAGUGGGAUGUUCCCCUCAGCCAGUUCAAUGCCGAAUUCCUCAAGGGCACACUUACGUCGAUAUGCCUCUACGCGAUCAGCUCCCUGUUUGUCAAGUCGGCGCUACUCGUACUUUAUCUUCGCAUUUUCCGUCCCGUCGAGCGGGCGACCAAGAUGAUAUGGGCAGGGAUCAUCAUCAUAGUGCUCUUCUACGUGAUUACGAUUGUGUUGAACAUCAUCGACUGCGUACCGAUCGACCGGACCACGCCCGUCCCUGAUGCCGAAGAGUGGGAGGCAAAACUGAAAGAAAGCCACUGCUCCCAGCCCGUUUACAAUCUCUCCGCCGCGCAAGGAGUCUUCAGCGUCAUAUCAGAUUUCUAUGUACUACUCAUACCCAUGAGCUUGGUCCUAAAAGUACGGCUUCCGCUAAGCCGUAAAUUUGGCAUCGCAAGCAUCUUUCUCACCGGCCUUUUGGCUUGCGCAUUAUCGGCAACGAGCACGGUGUUCCGGUUCAAGCAAUUGAACUCGUAUGACUUCACGUGGGAUUCGAUCCCCAUUUACACAUUGCGUGCGGCGGAGCUCAACAUCGGCAUCAUAUGCAGCUGCUUGCCCGUAGUCUUUGUUUUGCUGAAGAGGGUCAUUCAUUCAGACCACUUUGGAUUUCUGAGGCGACGCAUCACGCCGGGUCUCCAACGUGGGACACAAUCACCAAGCAACCCUGUUACCAGCCAGAUGAACGAAUAUCGAUUCGCCAAUGGCAUCCCAAGAGGGGAGUUGCCAGUCCGUCCUAGACCGGUCGCAACGCAUCUCCGAUCCUUCGUCCGGUCAAUACAUAGCUCGAACCCCAGACACACGAGCCAGGCGUCGAAUUAUGCAGAGAUUGCCUCGAUUGACAAUGGAUCUUCUACGGAGCCUCGCAGGGGCUAA